AGAAGUAGCCAGAUUUGUACCUGUCAUAGUUUCACCCUCACACCAAUGGUGAGUCUAAACUUUUGUCCCCAGGGCCCACUAAUCAUUUACAGCCUAUUUGGUGGCCAUUUGAACCUGAGGUCAAGGUGAACAUACCUCGUUAUGAAACAGAAAUGUACAAAGACUUUGUUUUGUCAAUAUUGUGUGUGUAUGUGUGUAUUGAGAAACACCUGUAUAAAAUUCUCUGAUAUGAUAGUCCAUAGCUUGCGAUGGUAUAACACAAUGAAAGUGCUCACCAUAGCAUUGCUUCUCUACUCCAUACUCCAGUGCUUGUGUGCUGUGAAUCUCAACUGCAAUGACACUGAGCCUGUGGCAGAGAAAGUGCUGGACCUGAUCAAUAAAGGGCGCUGGAAAGGCUAUCUUUUCCAAUUGCUGCGGGUUGCUGAUGCCUACUUGGACAAAGAGGAAUCUGCGACUGUCUAUUACUUAGUCUUAGAUGUGAAAGAAUCUGACUGCUGGGUCCUAUCCAGGAAACACUGGGAUGACUGUGCCCCUGCUUCUAGAAGGCCCACGGAUAUCGUGAUUGGACAGUGUAAGGUAAAAGCUACAAAACACUCAGAUGAACCUCAGGCACUACGUGUGAAUGACUAUAACUGCACCACAAGUUCAGUUGCUUCAGCACUGAGCAAUAACAAAGACAGUCCUGUACUCUUCGAUUUCUUUGAAGAUACUGAAGUCUACAGAAAACAAGCUGACAAAGCCCUUGAUGAGUACCAAAAGCAGAACCAUGACUUUUCCUCUUUCAGAGUGGAACAAGUAGAGCGAGUUGCCAGAGUGAGAGGAGGAGAAAGAACCAAUUACUAUGUGGACUUCUCUGCAAGGAACUGCUCCACACAUGCUUUCCCUAGACAACCUAAAGUCUUUGGUUUCUGCAGAGCACUUUUGUCCUAUGAUGUAGAAGCCUCUGACUUGGAAACCCCAGAACACCUUGAUGUGAACUGUGAAGUCUUCAGCUUUGAGGAGUGUGGAAAUGUCAGUGCUGUGCGACCACUUCCAGGCCAUCCACAUCACUUUGGUGGGCAUAAGCAUCCUCAUGCCGGCAAACAUUCCUUUAAGCCGGGUGGAUCCCUCCAUCAUCAGCAUCCCCCUGGCCCACAUAAGUAUGGGUGCCUGACUCCCCCAGAAGAACAUGAUAACUCAAGCGGAACACCACGUCGAGAAGGACUUCCUCCACCAUCGCCCCCGAGAGGGCCAAAAUGUCAUCACUUUCCUUUUGACACCAAGGGCACCCACAUGCCCCCUCAUAAUCAGAGCUCCAGUAAGCUCCAUGAACCAAGUCCCCACGGACCCCAUCCCCACGGACACUGUCCCCACAGACCCCAUCCCCAUGGACCCCAUCCCCAUGGACACCACCCCCACGGACCCCAUCCCCACGGACACCACCCCCACGGACCCCAUCCUCAUGGACACCGCUCCCACGGACCCCAUCCUCACGGACCCCAUAACCACAGACACCUUCCCCAUGACCAGGAUGAUUUCCAUGACCAUGGACCCUGUGACCCACCACCUUAUAGGCAAGGUUCCCGUGGUCACCAUCCCCAUGGCCAUGGCCCACCACACGGUCACUCAGGAGAAGGAAAUGAGGGUAAAGGAAACUUUCCUUUCCAUCGGAGACAGGUUGGGUCUGUCUACCGACUCCAUCCCCUGAACAGCAAUGAAGUUCUUCCUCCUCCUGAAGCCAACUUCCCCAGUUUCUCGACCUCAGAUUGCAAAUGUCACUCACAGCCCAAGAUUCAACCCUUUCCUCAAUUAGCCUCUGAAUCAUGUCCAGGGAAGUUCAGGAGUGAGUUUUCACACGUUGCUAAGUUUUUUUGAAUACACAUCUUCAAAAUAAAAUCUCAUUCCUUGAAGAGG